AUGACGACGAAGCGCGAUCAAAUCAUCAAUGAGAUAUACAAUACAGAAGAGUUUUAUGUGUGUUCUCUUCAGACGUGCUUUGACUUUUUCUAUCAGGAGCUGAUUUCAGAAGAGAGCUCGACCAUCAUCCCAUAUGAAGAUGUCACAUUGAUCUUUGAACGCUAUGAAGAGAUAUUGGGAGUGAAUAAAAGAUUCUUUUUAGCCCUUCGGAGACUGAAAGAGAACAACCAAAUGACGACUUCGAUAGGACAGACCUUUAAGUUGUACCUUCCCUUCUUUAAGUGUUAUUUCUUCUAUAUUUCGCACUAUGAUUCUGUUAAUAAAUUGUUAAGUAAAUAUGAAAAUGAGUCCAAAUUUAAUAAUUUACUUGACAAAAUAGUCCAGAAGAUUCCAACAUCGACUCACUUAGAUUUGAGGAGUUAUUUAAUUAUGCCCGUCCAGCGAUUGCCAAGGUACCAACUGUUACUCGUCGACUUAUUUAAAAACACUCCAAAAGAUCACGAGGACUACCCCUCGAUCUCUGCGGCCGUUGAUUUGAUUAAAAAGGUGACGACUGAUGUCAACGAGAAGACCAAGAUCUCUGAACAGAAGGAGAAGGUGACUAUAGCACAGAAUUACAUCUCAGGAUUAGACAUCAAAUUAGUUGAGCCCAAUCGAUUAUUAGUGCUUGAAGGGAGUCUAACUAAAGUGUGUAAAAAGACGAACAAGUCCCGGUACUUCUAUUUAUUCAACGAUUUGUUAUUAUACGGCCCGGGGGUGAAGAAGAUUAAUGUCAGCGAGUGGUUCUAUUUAAAACAUGUCUACAUCGAGCCCGACCAACGGUACCAGAAUGCGUUUAUAGUCAAAAAUAACGUGAAGAGCUUUAGUGUGUUGUGUGAAGACUCUUCCGAGAUGAAGACGUGGUAUACUGCUAUUCAAAAGUACGCGGAAAUACAGCGAAAUGGACUCCACGUCGAGGACAAAGACGACAUCGAGAUGAAAGAAGCUUGGGUUCCGGAUAACCUCGCGAAGAAUUGUAUGCUUUGUAAUCUCCCAUUCUCGUUAGUGACGCGAAGGCAUCACUGCAGGAAAUGCGGGAAGUGCGUAUGCGCCAAUUGCUCGAAAGGGAAGAUCACUGUGUCGAAGAAGUGUGGGAUGGAAAGGGUCUGUGAUCGCUGUCUCGAGAAGUAUGAGAAAAGUUCCGAAGACUCAGAGGUAACCAAGUCGGACGUCGACAAGACCGAAGUUCAAAAAAUUGAUCGCCACACAAAGAAUAGAAAGUCUGAAAAAGCAGAGAAGAAGAAACGGAAAUCGACUGAUGGAAAUUUGGAUGAAACAAUUGAGAAAGAGAGCGUCCCCCAAAGUCUCUCAAUAGGAGCUAUUGCGCUCAAAAAUUUUGAAUUGACUCAGAGCGAAGGAAGAAAGAAAAAGUCGUUUGGGAUCUUCAGAAAGAGUCGAAAGGACGAUUUUGAUCUUUCGAGUUCACCAGGAUUCGAAGAAAAGUCCGAGAGCACAAAUGACAGUGAAACACCGAAAACUGCACGAGUCGAAUCGAACAGUAAAGAACUCUUUGAAACGCCAAGAAGUGAAAUGAAUGAAAAUGUUAUAGAAAUUGAAGUGAAGAAAGAAGAAUUGAAUACUGUGGAGAAUACAAGAGAAGGAGUGACUGAUAUGAAGAAAGAAGAGCAGCAAAGUGUUCCAUUAGAGAACAGUCUUAAUGAAAACGAUCUUAAACCAAUAGAAGUACUCAAACCGUCGAAAGGAUAUAAAAAGAUUCAACCGGAAAUCCCACACGAAUUUAUGGAGGCAAAGAAUGAAGAAGUUAAACAAGAGAAUGUCAGUAUGGAACAACACAAUGGUAAUGAACCACAUGUUGUGAGCCAAAAGGAAUUGGAUAGUAAUCGGGUGACUCAUGAAGCCAGUGAUAUGAGUGUUCAACGCGAUAAGGAAAAAGUUGAACAAGAAGAAGUAAAAGCAGAGAGUCAAUUGGAUACCACCAAACAACAAGAAAGUGGUAUUGAAGUACCGACGCAUCCUCUUCAGAACGAAGAAAACACAAUGCAAAGGACACAAGAUGACACACAAAAUGAUGUUAAAGAGUGUGCACCUAAUACUAAAGAAAACAAAGACACUCUAAAAAAUGAUCAACAAGAAGUCAAAAAAGAAGUUGAGUUGUGUGUGAAAGAGGAUACUCCAGUUGUUACCCACAAAGAAUUUAUAAUUGAAGAACGCAUCAUAGGUGAGCCGAUUUUAAGUGUCGAGUUCAUUGGAAAGACUGUAAAUCAAGUGGAUGAUAUUCCUAUCGAAGAGAAGAAGCAAGUAGUCCCUAUUGAAGUCUUAGAAAAGGUCGUGGAGAGUGCAGACAAUGCUAAUGAGGAAGGGGAGUUACUUUCAUUUGCUGAGCGGACAAUUAAAUUUGAGAAAAGUACUUCAGGACAGCAGUCACAGACAGCAGAGAAGCUUAAAAGUGUUCUUCCCGUCGAUAAAAUUAUGCAAAAGAUCGAGAAAUUCGAGACAAAAGCAAGUGAAAAACAAGACUUAACAAAGAAAGACGAAUCAAACACAACACAACAUGAAAUCAAAAAAGUGGUAAUACCAAGAGUGUCUAUAAGCACUAAGAAAGAGAAUGUCCCUUUCAACCAAAAGGAUCGGCUGUCACUGAUCUUAGAAUGUCCAGAGAAAAAUGACGAGCCAAUUAUUGUGACUAAGAAAGAAACUAAAGUGGAGAGAAACCGCAGACUCUUUGAAGAGAAAAUACGUCAAGAGAAUGAACGAGUCAACAGAGACUAUCUCUUAAGGAAGACUCAGACAAAAAAGAAAUAA